CCAUGUUCUGGUUACGCGUUAAAUGUAUCACAGCUAGUCGGCCAGAAUAUUCGUCGCGAGUAGUCGUAGUGCAAAAUUGCGUGCAGCUUGAGCACCAUUUUUAGUGUGUUUUAAUCGUGUAUUCAACAGUCGAGUGGUUUUGGUGUACAGUAAAGCAAGGCCUAGGCAUUUUAGCAGUCAAACGAGAUACGAGAUACGGCAAAAGGAUAGCUUUUAGCCUAGCGAUAGUGCGUAUUGGAGCAUCCAACCACAGGAACGGAAAAGCGGAGCCUAAAUCGACGAAGGAUUGCCUGUGCUUUCCUGCAAUCCUGCCGAUUCUGAUUUGUGUUGAGAGCCGGAACAGCUUGUGCUAGACAACCAGCGAUUCAUUCAUUUUAACUCAAUCAGGGCAGUAACUAGUAACUAUUCCGUCAGAAUGCGCGUGGAAAUGAAUCUCGACGUACAGCACUGUCAUGGUGAUAUUGACACCAAAAUAGCAGAAUUCAAGCAAGAUGCAGACAAAAUGAACGAGCUGAAUCUAUUCCUCGACAGCGUGCUGGAAGAGGCACAGAAAAAUGCGGAAAUAAAGCUACAAACCAAGCUGGAGGAAGAACGACCUAAAAAUGGUAACAAACUUCUCAGUGGUAUCAAGCAACAUAGAAUGGUGACACGCACAAGGGGAAUUGUUUUACGAAUCUUCGAGGCUAUUUGCAACUGUACGAACUCCGCCCCCAUUCCUGGACAACGGCCAACAACAGCACCGGCAACCGUUGGAUCCACUUCCAAAAACUAAACAACCGCAUCUAUCGUCUGACUGUCUACCUACUUAUACAUCUACUACAACAAAAGAGUUGAUGGGUUUGAAUGCCCAUAUGAAUGUUUUAUGUUAUGUUGUAAUAGCGAGAAAAUUAAUAGCUAUGGGAUUUUAUUGCUAUGAAAUCAAACUAUAUUGACGCCAUUCGUCGAGCAUUAUUUUUAUCUAUUUUUUUUAAUAUACACGUACAAUAUUAACCUGAUCGUAAACCAAUGUUCAUAUAAUUGAACAUGGUGACUGUUGCAUAUACUAACCUUUACGAUAAAUUGUGUAUAAAAAUACCACUUACAUGAUCAAUGCCAUAUCCUUUUUGAUAUGGAUUCUUAGCGCGAAUCAAAACGUAUACAUGAACUACAAAUCCCACCAGAUCAUUACAUUCCUCACCAAAGAAUCUCCGGCCUUGCAAUAUUCCAAUCUAUCCGAUCUAUACUUUAGAUCCGAAUACUUUUUUAACAUUUUCUGACGAAAGGUUUCAAUAACAAAGCGUCUUUUUUAACAAGAUACAGAAUAAAAAUUAAUUACAAUCUUUAGAAAAGCAACAGCGCGGGCAAUUUUGACACCAGUUAAAAAAAGAUUCAUGUCACAGAAUGGAUUCUCGUAUGUUAUCCACUGCAAAAAAAUGAAAUUGGUACUAAACUAGCAAUCCGGCACACAAAAUCGCCCAAAAAUAUAAGUCUCUAUCUAAGUCUGAGCUUCACAGGAUUAGUUCGAAAAGAAUUUGCUAUGGCUAUCGUAUUCAAAUCGUAUCAUUUAUGAUGCAAUUUGAUAUGAUGAUGUUUGGCAACGUAAUAAACACGUAUAUAUCAUCUUUAAUUUAACAUUUAUUGAAGCAACAAAACUUGGCUUAACUUGUAACUUCGCACGAUUUUCUUUAUCAUUUAACAUAGUUGACAAUCAAAAUUGUGAGCAAUAUUUUCAUGUUAAAGAUCGUCAUUGGAAGAGCAGUUGUGCAAAACACAUGUAAUAUUUGUUUAGUGUGUUUGAGUUAAAAUAGUGUGUUGUUCGACGAUUACUGAAAAAAAAAACAAAAACCUUUCUCA